GGUGGGCGUGACCGUCACCCACACUACUGUUUGUGUCUAAAGAUGGCUGUAAUCAAGUCGACUCUAAGGAGCCUGUUUCGCUUCCCAGCCAGACUUAAAUCAUACAAGCUCUUUCUAUUCAUUGGAAUAAUUCUGGUAGCUUUAUUCCUACUACUGAACCGACAACCCACCUCCAGGAAAGUGGAACAUCAAUCACGUCCGACAAGAACACUAUACUCUAUUUCCAAAGAGACAAACGAUAUAUUUAAGACUGGAUGCCUCUUUCAUUCUUGCUUCGAUGUCAAUGUAUGCUCAAUACGCUUCGACGAACAUAUCGGAGUCUACGUGUACGAUCAUUUUGAGUACGUUAGCUCGCAAACAUCAUUUGUCCCGGAAAUAUCUGAUGAAUAUUCGGAACUAUUGUCGGCCAUAAAGAAGAGCCGAUAUUACGAGCCUGAUAUAGACAAGGCGUGCGUGUUUAUACCCUCUCUGGACACGCUGAGUCAGGCAAAGAUGGACGUACAGCUGAUAUCAAUUAUCUUAAACAGCCAACCGCGGUGGCAUGAUGGAGAAAACCAUUUGAUAUUCAACAUGCUCCCUGGAGCCCCGCCCCAUUACAACACGACCCCUGAUUUUUACUACGGAAAGGCUAUGCUGGCAGGUGGUAGCUUCACCAGUGGUUCUUAUAGAGACAAGUUUGACAUCUCACUGCCUAUGUAUAACUCCCUCACCCGACACUUGUACACUGACUCAAGCAAUGGAGAGAGGUCCCACUUGCUCACUGUGCUCACUCAUGGAUGGUACUCUCAGGGCAUGGCCGAUCAGCUUCACCUCCUCGUACAUGAGAACAAGGAUGACGUUCUAUUACUGGAAACAAACUGUCCGGAUCACCUGAUGUCACAUGAUCAACUUCCGUGGAAACGCUGCAACCGAAAUGAAGGAAAAGUGUAUCCCUACCUACAAACUCUGACAUCGUCUCAGUUCUGUCUGCUGAUACCUGGACUGCGACCUGGGUCACCUGACCUACUGGAUAUCCUCAUGACAGGCUGUAUCCCUGUGAUUUUAGACGAUGACUAUGUUCUACCAUUCUCCGAAGUCCUUGACUGGUCGCAGGCGUCUGUCAGGUGCUGGUCACAUGACAUGGUGGGUGUGGCUUCACAGCUAAGGGACAUCCCCCAUUCCUCUAUUCAUGAGAUGCGUGAAAAAGUUAGAUUUCUAUACGAUCAUUAUUUUUCAUCGCUGCCUAAAAUUGCAUUGACAACACUGGACAUUCUUAAUGAGAGGGUUUUCCCCACAUCAGCAAGGAGCAGUGAGCUGUGGACCACCGGACAGACAAGCAGCAAGUUUACAACUGCCGGAGCUGAUCUUGACCUUUUGACCCCUCCUUCUGACGAGGGAUUCACAGCUGUGAUACUGACCUAUAGUCGAGUCAGUGAACUGUUCAAAACUAUACGCAGUAUGUCUGCUGCUCCUAGUCUGGCUAAGAUUUUAGUCGUUUGGAACAAUGUGGACAAACAGCCUCCACCAGCUUCUAAGUGGCCUCAUAUCAACCGACCUAUUCAGAUAAUUCGGAGCAAACAGAAUCGGCUCAGCAAUCGUUUCUACCCAUACCCAGAGAUACAGACAGCGGCUGUAUUCUCAUUGGACGAUGACAUCACCAUGUUAACAGCAGAUGAGCUGGAGUUUGGCUACAAGGCUUGGCAGGAGUUUCCCAAUCGAUUAGUCGGAUUUCCCGGUCGAGUACACUCUAAGGAGAGCUCUCCUGAGGGCAAGCUACGAUACGAGUCCAGCUGGCUUAACAACAUAUCACUCGUACUUACUGGUGCUGCUUUCUAUCACAAUUAUUAUAACUACCUCUACACUUACCAAAUGCCGUCAAGGAUACGCCAGUGGGUUGACGAACACAUGAACUGUGAAGACAUUGCUAUGAACUUCCUCAUUGCCAACUAUACAGCAUUGCCACCAUUGAAAAUCUCAGCACGGAAGAAAUUCACCUGCCCGACAUGUACCACUGAAGAAUCGCUAUGGAAUGAUCCUGAGCAUUACCUCGAGCGCAAUGAAUGUGUGAACAUCUUUGAACGUUUCUUUGAGGGUAUGCCCCUACAAACAGUCAAGUUCAGACUCGACCCUGUUCUCUACAAGGAACCUAUGUCAGAGUUAUUUCAGUCGUUUCCUGGAAUUGGUGAACUAUGAGAACAAUCUGAUGGGGUAUCCAUUUUGUAGUAGCUAUGUACAGUAUCAAUAGCUGACAAAUCUCUCUUUUUUAUUUCACAACCCGUGUCAUUAUGCAAUCAAUCAACAAACAUCUUCAUCAUGUCACGAGUUUCACCAUUUAAGGCAUUAAUAAUUAUUAUUUCCCUUUAACAGUUUUAAUUGGCCAGUCAUACCAAGUAGUUUACUACUCAGCAAAUGUCAUAAUUAUUACAUAAUCGAUCUUAUAUGUA